AUGCGAGAAAAAGAAAGCAGCUGCGCCGUUUUUGUACCACCUAGUACCUGACCUCUUCAAAAAGAAUCCGUCACGUAUUAAUGUUCGUUAUGCUGAUUAUUUGUUGGUGAAAACACUUGUGAGAGCUUAGGUACAAGGUGAUCAUUCAAAUGAUGCUAAUGUUAUAUCUGAUGACAAUUUUGUAAUGAUGGAAUCAAGGAGCGAAAACCCAGAUGAACAGAAGCAGCAGCUGCAAACAGCGAUGAAAGCUGUCGGGCUUGCGAUUCAACUUGAUACCAGCGGCAGCGUUCCGGAUGCAUAUCUCCACUAUCUGAGCUGUAUGCAGUACAUUUCACAAGCUCUCCUACAGGAUGCCAGAGUGAAAGUUUCUCAAGCAGCAACGGUAAACCUGAAGACAACAGAAUCAAUGAAGAUGGUGAAGCUUGCCCAGCGAUGCAGUGAGCGUGUUGUCGAUAUCCUUAAUAACAUGGAUGAGGCAUCAACUCCAACAAAUAUGCCUGUUCUACCCACCCAACAGACAACGACCUAUUCUCCUUCUCCACCACCUUCACUGAUAUCAUCAUCAUCAUCAUUAUCGUCAUCGCUUUCGUCGUCAGUUCCAGCAGGUCGCAUCUCUCCAUCUAUGUUUCCAGCAGUCCCCUCCACCUUGUCGAAUGCUGCACCCACCCAUGUUGCAGUGGUACGACCCACUGUUCAGCAGCCUACUCACCAGAGGAAGACCGUUCCAAGUGCAUCCCCAAGCCAACAGAGUAAUGAGGCUCUUGGACCAUUAGAGAAGGCCUACAGAGAGAACAGGAAACUGAUGGCUGCCUAUAGGAGCAGAUUGAACAAGAUGCACACUACUAGCAAGAAUAAGAGCCUUGUGAACCUGACAUUUCAGCGAAGGCUGAUGGAGAACAUGGCCAUUGCCAAAGCCCGGGAAGCAAGUCUUGCUAAAAAGAUCAAAGAACGUCAACAGCGUCUUCAGGAACAGGCAGCCCAGAGAUUCUCCUCUAGCGGCCAGCCAACCAAGGAAGAGAUGGAACUCAGAACAGUCUAUGCCAACAUACUGGAAUACGAGAAUGUGAAGACAUGGCUUCAGGAAUGGCGCAAACGGCUGCAGGAAUCGCCCGGCGACCUUGGACUAAUCCGUGACCUGCUCACCGACAUCCUGUCUUGUGACCAACACCCUCUAAGCCAGCUCCUCAAGCGUUAUCAGAUCACCAUCUAUCACAAGAUCAUGCCCCUCAUACAGAAGGAAUUGCCCUCUAUAGAGGAGAUUGUGGUUCCGUACAGGGACGUCCAACCACUGAAACUGCAAGAACCCAGAGCUGUACCAGAGGAUGGUUUCACCACACCAGACGCUCUUGAUCAGAGCAUGGAAGACACAUUAGCCCAACGCCUUCAUGCCCUUCGUGAAAACAGUACCUCGAGUGUGGAGAGUGACUCCACUGAGCCUCGACCAUCAAGCCAGGCCAGUAGCAUGCUCUUUGCUCUCAGUGAUGUGAGUGAUGACAUCAUGGAAGAACUGAUGUCUGAUGAUGAGGAGGAGGUGGAUGCUCUAGAGAAACUGAGCAUCCGGGAAAAGAACAUCCAUCGGCAGCACGGAGGAUGUCACCAGAGAACAGUGGGUGAAAAGGAUGUUGGUGAUGAUGAUGAGGAGGGAUGUGAAGAGAAUGGUCACCUGGAUGACAGUGGCAUUCAGAAUGGUGACGAGUCCUCCAGCACAGAUGAAGCUGCUCCAUCGACAAACAUCCAGGAUGAGGAUCUGGAGAGUACUUCCGAUGGAGCAAAUGUUGCAGGAGAUGCUGCUCCAGAGGUAGACCAGAUGAGAGAGAUCACGGAUGAAAUCAGGAACGAUAUUGAACAAGCCUUGGAAGAUGGUGAAAGGCUAUGCAAGGAAUUAGAGGGAGAAACUGCGGGCAAAGUUGAGGAUGAUGAGGAUGGUAUCAGCAAUGCAGUUGCCAUGACAACUGGUGAUUCCAUGACUGAUAAAGACAGAGAAAAUACAGGUGAUGGUAGGACUUCUGCAGCUGCUGCAGGUGAGCAGCAUUCUAAAUAUGAUAAUAGAGAAGGGAUCAAUGGUCACUCUCACCCUGAUACUGAUGAAAGAACUAAAGUUGAAUCAGGAGAUGAGAGAACUAUUAACUCUGAAGGAAAUCGGCCAGACAUGCAACCAUCUAACAACCCCCCAACACAACUAGACAGCUCAAGAGGGGGUGUGGCAAGUGACGGUGAAUCAACAGAUGCAGGAAGAACGGUCGGUGAAAGAGAGAGUGAUGAAGGAAAGGGGAAAGAAGAUAGGGAGGAAAGUAUAGCAGAGAUGAGGUCUCAAGCUUUGAGUAGACAUCUCAAAUGCAUCACCAAGGAUGUUCUUAUGUUUACAGAGCGCCUUCAGUCCUUACUGGUAGCUGUGUAUGAACAACUCAACAGUACUGCAGCUAAGGAGCAAUGUAUCUCUGUCAUUGAAGAUUUCCUUUUCAAGGACAUCUGGCAACCUCUCCUCAUGCUCUUCAGACGUUACAACUACAAGAAAGAGGGAUGCGCCGCCAUCGCCAUGACGAUGUACCAGCAUGCAUUGCCUCAGCACAUUGGAGUCGUAGAAAAAUUCUGUCUGCUUAAAGAGGGCGCUGUUCAGGAUGGCAGCGAAGCAUCAAGCAGUGACUACCCUUACCGGGCCGCUGUAGAAGAGCUGCAAAAGCUACAGAGAUAUACAUGUCCACUUCAGAAAAUCGAGUGUGUAGUGCGAGUAUCCAGGAUUGUGAUUGAAUGUGUUGGAGAUUACUAUGAGAGUCAAGGCAAGCCAAGACAGAGCCCAGAGACUACGGUUGGUUGUGAUGAUUUGCUGCCUAUCCUAAGUUAUGUCAUCAUGCGAUCAUCCCUUCCUCAGAUUGUCUCCGAGUGUAAUGCCAUGGAAGAAUUCAUCCACGAAGGAUAUUUAUUUGGUGAAGAAGGUUACUGCUUAACAACCUGCCAAACAGCACUCAGCUACGUCCUUAAACUUGGCAGUGCCGAUGAGCUGUCAAAAUCGUAAUACACAUAUUAAAGUUGACAUUAGAUAUUACAUCAAUUUUUUCUUCAACAUCUUUCACUGUCAACCAGCCACUAUUUUGUAAAACUUGGACAUGUAGGUAAACAAGUAUCACUGAUCAUCGAUCCUUUUGACCGUCGGAGUUCAGAAAAGUUACCACAGGGAUAACUGGCUUGUGGCAGCAAAGCGUUCAUACCGAUGUUGCUUUUUGAUCCUUUGAUGUCGGCUCUUCCUAUCAUUGUGAAGCAGAAUUCACCUACUUAAUUUUUGGCCACAAAUUCAAACUCAAGUGUCAUGUUGGAUCAUUUAAUCUUAAAAAAGUUUGCAGCAUCAACAUCAACAAUUUUUCAUCAACAUCUUUUACUGCCAAACAGCAGCUUUUUGUGUAAAAUUUUGACAUAUUUCUCAUUGAAAAUCCGUAAUGAAUUUCUGUUCACAAAAUCAGGCUCAAGUGUCAUGUCAGGACCUUAAACUAAAACAAGAUUACAGCAUCAAUAAAUUUUCCUCACCAUCUUUUACUACCAACCUGCCACUAUUUGAUAAAACUUGGACAUAAAGGCAAACGAGUAUCAUUGAUCAUAUGACAUGAAUUUCUGGCCACAAAGUCAAACUCAGGUGUCAUGUCGGGUCAUUGAAUCUUGAAAAAGUUUGCAGCAUCAACAUCAGAAAUUUUGCAUCGACAUCUUUUACUGCCAAACAGCAGCUUUUUGUGUAAAAUUUUGACAUAUUUCUCAUUGAAAAUCCGUAAUGAAUUUCUGUUCACAAAUUCAGGCUCUAGUGUCAUGUCAGGUCAUGAAAGUUAAACAAGUUUGCAGCAUCAGAAAUUUUACCUCACCAUCUUUUACUGCCAACUGGCCACUAUUUGAUAAAACUUGGACAUAAAGGCAAUCAAGUAUCAUUGAUUAUAUGACAUGAGUUUCUGGCCACAAAUUCAAACUGAUGUGUCAUGUUGGGUCAUUGAAUCUUAAAAAAGUUUGCAGCAUCAACAUCAGAAAUUUUUCAUUGACAUCUUUUGCUGCCAAACAGCCCCUUUUUGUGUAAAAUUUUGACAUAAAGGUAAACAAGUCUCAUUGAUAAUCUGUAAUGAAUUUCUGUUCACCAAAUCAGACUCCAGUGUCAUGUCAGGUCAGGAGAAGGUUGCUGAAUCAGCAUCAGAAUUUUUACAUCAUCAUCUUUUACUGCCAACCUGCCACUAUUUGAUAAAACUUGGACAUAAAGGCAAUCGAGUAUCAUUGAUCAUAUGACAUGAAUUUCUGGCCACAAAUUCAAACUCAAGUGUCAUGUUGGGUCAUUGAAUCUUAAAAAAGUUUGCAGCAUCAACAUCUUUUGCUGCCAAACAGCAGCUUUUUGUGUAAAAGUUUGACAUAUUUCUCAUUGAAAAUCCGUAAUGAAUUUCUGUUCACAAAAUCUGUCAAGUGUCAUGUCAGGACCUCAAACUAAAACAAGAUUGCAGCAUCAGAAAUUUUACCUCACUAUCUUUUACUGCCAACUGGCCACUAUUUGAUAAAACUUGGACAUAAAGGCAAUCAAGUUUCAUUGAUCAUAUGACAUGAAUUUCUGGCCACAAAUUCAAUCUCAUGUGUCAUGUUGGGUCAUUGAAUCUUAAAAAAGUUUGCAGCAUCAACAUCAGAAAUUUUUCAUCAACAUCUUUUGCUGCCAAACAGCAGCUUUUUGUGUAAAUUUUUGACAUAUUUCUCAUUGAAAAUCCGUAAUGAAUUUCUGUUCACAAAAUCUGUCAAGUGUCAUGUCAGGACCUCAAACUAAAACAAGAUUACAGCUUCAGAAAUUUUACAUCACCAUCUUUUACUGCCAACUGGCCACUAUUCGAUAAAACUUGGACAUAAAGGCAAUCAAGUAUCAUUGAUCGUAUGACAUGAAUUUCUGGCCACAAAUUCAAACUCGGGUGUCAUGUCGGGGGUCAUUGAAUCUUAAAAAAGUUUGCAGCAUCAGCAUCAGGAAUUUUUCAUCAACAUCUUUUACUGCCAAACAGCCCCUUUUGUGUAAAAUUUUGACAUAAAGGUAAACAAGUCUCAUUGAUAAUCUGUAAUGAUCUUCUGUUCAUCAAAUCAGACUCCAGUGUCAUGUCAGGUCAUCAGAAGGUUGUUGAAUCAGCAUCAGAAGUUUUACAUCACCAUCUUUUACUGCCAACCAGCUACUGUUUAAUAAAACUUGGACAUAAAGGCAAUCAACUAUCAUUGAUCAUAUGACAUGAAUUUUUUGGUCACAAAGUCAAGCUCAAGUGUCAUGUCAGGUCAUGAAAGUUAAACAAGGUUGCGGCAUCAGAAAUUUUACAUCAACUUCUUUUACUGCCAAAAAGCAGCAUUUUGUGUAAAAUUUUGAUACAAAGGUAAACAAGAGUCUCCUUGAUAAUCCGUAAUGAAUUACUGUUCUCAAAAUCAAGCUCAAGUGUCAUGUCAGGUCAUGAAAGUUAAACUAGGUGUCGGCAUCAGCAUCCAAAAUUUUACAUCAAAGGUCAAGAUUAAGUGUGACCAAUCAUGUGCUUAGAAUUUUAGAUGGCAUGUAACAAUGGCACUGGGUAGUCUCUGUACCAAGUCUGUAGGAAUUUCCAUAAUUCAGUAGUCAAUCGGUUUACCCCAUGUCCUGCUGUGUUUAAGUAAUACGUGUUGUUUC